AUGGCGAGGCUAUGCGAGAUGUUGGUACAAUCUGGACAUUUGGAGAAACCAUCUGAACAUUGCAUGAGGAAAAAUGAUUUUUGCCCAUUCCAUAAAAAGAAAGGGCAUCACAUUGAUGAAUGCAUUGAGUUUCAUCAAAAGGUUGUGAGAAUGUUGACUUUAGGAGAGCUAAGGAUUGAGGCUGCCAUAGAUAAUGAAGAGAUAGAGAUGAUAGAGAAUCAGGGGAAAUGCAGAGUCCAAUCAACAGCUAAUGGGCUCUCAAAACUAGUAUUAACUAAGCCCUCAUAUGCAAACAAAGUAGACUAUAGAGCGAUUCCUGGAGAUUAUGGUUAUACCUCGAAUGUCGAAACUCCUUUGUCGUUGUUUCAAACUGAGAUAAGUGGGCUAACUCGGAGUGGUCGUUGUUUCACACCUGAAGAACUAGAGAAGCAAAGAAAGGCUAAGGGCAAGGAGGUGUUGGACCUAAAUAAAGAUUUUGAGGUGAAUAAACCUGUGACUGAGGAAGAAACAAAUGAGUUCCUGAAAUUGAUGAAGCAUAGUGAGUAUUGUAUAGUGGAUCAGUUAAAGAAGACCCCUGCCAAGAUCUCCAUCAUGUCAUUAAUACUCAGCUCUGAGCCGCAUCGUAAUGCUUUGCAAAAAGUACUGAAUGAGGCCUAUGUACCCCAAGAUAUUGAACAAAAGACUAUGGAGCAUCUAGUAGGGAGGAUCCAUGCUGCCAAUUACCUAUAUUUCACGGAAGAUGAACUUGACGUUGAAGGAACAGGACAUAACAAGCCUUUGUAUGUCACGGUACGAUGUAAAGAUUGUCUCAUCGGUAAAGUUCUCAUCGAUAACGGCUCAGCCCUUAAUGUGUUACCAAGACAUAUACUGGACGAAAUGCCGAUAGAUCCCUCACACAUGCAACCUAGUGUGAUGAUGGCUAGAGCGUACGAUGGCUCGCCAAGGAAAGUGAUAGGGACAAUUGAGGUUGAACUAGCUGUGGGCCCACAAGUCUUUCUAGUGACCCUUCAAGUAAUGGAUAUACACCCUUCCUAUAACAUUUUGUUAGGAAGGCCAUGGAUACAUUCUGCAGGAGCUGUCCCUUCCUCGUUGCAUCAAUGUUUGAAGUACAUUGCUAAUGGUGUCCUAGUGACUGUUAAGGCUGAGGAGACUAUAUCGAUGGUAAGAAAUGUGGCAGUUCCAUUUAUUGAAGCUGAAGAUUGUAAGGAUGAAAAUCUUCAUGCAUUUGAGGUUGUGAAUACCGAGUGGGUGCCCGAGAACACUGUGGUGAGGAAACCAGAAAUUUCAGAGGCCACCAAAAUGGCCGCUAAAAGCUUUUUAAAGCACAAGAUUCCUUUCCCAUAUGAUAUCGAGAAAGGAAAAUGUGAGUUGAUUGAUAUAAUCAAGCUGAAAACUACAGAACAGAGGUUUGGGCUUGGAUAUAAGCCUAAGAAGGAGGAUUACAAGCGAGCUGCUGGUGCAAGAAGGGAGAAAAGAAUGGCAAGGAUUGAAGGAAGAAAGCCUGAAGAAGAGAGCUUAGCCAUCCCUCCUAUCAGGAUUUCUUUUCCAAAGGCUGCAUACGUGAUGCAACCUAAUAAGGGACAUGAAAACCUCCUUCAAAAGCUUUCUUCAAUAAACAUAAACUGUCUGGAGGAAGAUCAAGUCGAGGACGUCGCUGAGAAGUUUGAAUCCGGAAGAAAGGAUGAAGAGUUGCCGAACCCUGAAAGCGGAUCUUCCACAACAACACCUACACUUUACAUUGAGAAUGAAUGGCCAAACUUUAAAGAAUACAUAGUCGCUGUAGAAGAUGAGGAAUGGGAGAAGAAAAACAUAGGGGAAUUCACAAAAUUAAUAGAACAACAUGAACAGGCUUGGAGGCCCGCUAAAGAGGAACUUGAAACCAUAAAUAUAGGUAAUGAAGAAAUCAAGAGAGAGCUGAAAAUAGGGACUUUGAUCACCUCUGAAGAGAAAGAAGAAUUGAUUGCACUGCUCAGAGAUUACGUAGAUGUCUUUGCCUGGUCCUACGAGGAUAUGCCUGGUUUGGAUACGGAUAUCGUAGUACAUAGGAUACCACUGAUGGAUGGAUGCAAACCGAUUAAGCAGAAGUUGAGGAGAACUCAUCCGGAGGUCUUAAUCAAAGUAAAAGCAGAAAUUGAAAAACAAUGGAACGCUGGUUUUUUGGAAGUAGUCAAGUAUCCACAAUGGGUGUCAAACAUAGUGGUGGUACCCAAAAAGGAAGGUAAAAUCAGAGUUUGUGUGGACUUUAGGGACUUAAACCGGGCUAGCCCUAAAGAUAAUUUCCCUCUACCACACAUAGAUAUGUUAGUUGAUAAUGCAGCACGUAGCUCCACAUAUUCCUUUAUGGAUGGGUUUUCAGGAUACAAUCAGAUAAAAAUGGCACAAGAGGAUAAGGAGAAGACAACCUUUGUAACACCAUGGGGAACCUUUUGCUACAAAGUCAUGCCAUUUGGUUUAAAGAAUGCCGGGGCCACCUACCAAAGGGCUAUGGUGACUUUGUUUCACGACAUGAUGCACAAAGAGAUUGAAGUAUACGUGGAUGACAUGAUUGCUAAAUCUAGAGAGGGAGAAAAUCAUGUCCAAAUAUUAAAGAAAUUGUUUGAAAGACUAAGGAAAUAUAAGUUGAGACUUAACCCGGCGAAGUGUUCGUUCGGGGUGAAAUCUGGGAAAUUGUUGGGAUUUGUGGUGAGUGACAAAGGGAUAGAAGUUGAUCCCGACAAAGUAAAGGCUAUUCAAUCUAUGCCACCUCCCAAGGCUGAGAAAGAUGUGAGAAGCUUCUUAGGAAGGUUGAAUUACAUUGCUCGGUUUAUAUCCCAAUUAACCACGACUUGUGACCCAAUCUUUCAUUUAUUAAGGAAGAAGAACCCAGGAAUUUGGAAUGAAGAGUGCGAAGAGGCCUUUGAGAAAAUCAAGCAAUACUUGUUGAAUCCGCCCUUGCUUGUUCCUCCUGUACCAGAAAGGCCAUUGAUAUUGUACCUAACAAUAACAGAAACAGCAAUGGGAUGUGUGCUUGGGCAACACGAUGAAACUGGAAGGAAGGAAAGGGCCAUUUAUUACCUGAGCAAGAAGUUCACGGAAUAUGAGUCUAGGUAUACUGUGAUUGAGAAGCUGUGUUGCGCACUAACAUGGGCUGCAAAGAGAUUACGUCAGUAUAUGUUGUAUCACACUACGUGGUUAAUUUCCAAAUUAGACCCGUUGAGGUAUAUUUGUGAAAAGCCCUAUUUAUCGAGCCGAAUUGCAAGAUGGCAAGUUCUAUUGGCUGAGUAUGACAUAGUAUAUAUGACAAGGAAAGCCGUAAAGGGGAGUAUUAUUGCCGAUCACUUGGCUGACCAUGCUAUGGAAGAUUAUGAGUCAUUAGACUUUGAUUUUCCCGAUGAAGAUGUGCUUGCAAUCGAGGAAGAGAAAUCAGAUUGGUGGAUUAUGUACUUUGAUGGUGCUGUAAAUGUAUGUGGCAAUGGGGCAGGUGCAGUGAUAAUCUCUCCUGAUAAGAAGCAGUAUCCGGUUUUAGUUAAGCUGCAGUUCGGGUGCACCAACAACACAGCUGAGUAUGAAGCUUGCAUUCUUGGUUUAGAAGCUGCAUUGGAGUUAAACAUUAGAAAGAUAGACGUGUAUGGAGACUCAAUGCUGAUCAUUUGCCAAGUAAAAGGAGAAUGGCAAACCAAGGAAGAGAAGUUAAGGCCUUACCAAGAAUACCUGUCGAAACUGGCUGAAGAAUUUGAGGAAAUAGAGUUCACCCAUCUAGGAAGGGAAGGAAACCAGUUUGCAGAUGCUUUAGCUACACUAGCAUCUAUGGCCAAAAUAGAUUUUGGGCACAAGGUACAACCAGUACACAUCAAUAUUAGAAAUAAUCCAGCUCAUUGUUGCUCAGUUGAAAGAGAAGUGGAUGGAAACCCUUGGUAUUAUGAUAUCAAAAAUUUCAUCCGAAACCAGGCAUAUCCCAUGGGGGCAUCCAAAAUCGACAAGAAGACCUUGAGGAGGUUGGCAAUAAAUUUUUAUCUUGAUGGGGAGAUCUUGUAUAAGAAAUCAUUCGACGGGACUUUAUUGAGAUGUUUGGAUGAAUUUGAGGCAAAAAGCGCGUUACGAGAAGUCCAUGAAGGGAUUUGCUCAACCCAUGCUAAUGGACACGUGAUGGCCAGGAAAAUGCAAAGAGCCGGUUACUUCUGGAUGACAUUAGAGAAGGAUUGCAUCGACUAUGUCCGAAAAUGUCAUAAGUGCCAAGUAUAUAGUGACAAAAUCAACGCCCCUCCAGCUCCUCUAUUUAACUUGACAUCUCCAUGGCCCUUCGCGAUGUGGGGGAUUGAUGUGAUUGGACCUGUAAACCCAAAAGCCAGCAAUGGUCAUAGGUUUAUUCUUGUGGCUAUUGACUACUUUACAAAAUGGGUAGAAGCCGGGUCAUUUGCUCAUGUAACGCAAAAAGUAGUGAAGAAAUUUAUUGAGAGAGAUUUGAUUUGUCGAUAUGGUCCACCAGAAAAGAUUAUAACUGAUAAUGCCCAGAAUUUCAAUGGCAAGAUGAUAAUAGAACUCUGCGCUAAAUGGAAAAUUAAGCAUUCCAACUCUUCGCCGUAUAGACCAAAGAUGAAUGGUGCGGUAGAAGCUGCUAACAAGAAUAUCAAAAAGAUUAUUCAGAAGAUGGUAGUCACCUAUAAGGAUUGGCAUGAGAUGUUGCCAUUUGCCCUUCACGCAUAUUGCACCGCAGUUCGAACCUCAACAGGAGCCACCCCGUACAUGUUGGUAUAUGGAAUGGAGGCGGUUAUGCCUUUAGAAGUGGAAAUCCCCUCAUUGAGAGUACUGGUGGACUCUGAGUUGGAAGAGGUGGAAUGGGCAAAAGUUAGAUAUGAACAGCUGAAUCUGAUCAGUGAAAAAAGGAUAGCCGCAAUUUAUCAUCAUCAACUCUACCAAAGAAGGAUGGUCAAAUCUUACAACAAAAAGGUUCGACCUCGAGGAUUCCAUGAAGGAGAUCUUGUAUUGAAGAAAAUAGUGCCUUUACCAGGAGAAGAUCGAAGUAAAUGGGCGCCGAACUAUGAGGGUCCUUAUGUGGUGAAGAAAGCAUUCUCAGGAGGAGCUUUGUUGUUAUCUAGAAUGGAUGGAGAAGAUCUAGUUAGGCCAGUGAAUUCUGAUUCUGUAAGGAAAUAUUACGCUUGAUGUAUUCCGUAAUCUGCCAAUUAAUAAAAUAAAGUUUGGCCAUGAAUUUUCUCUGUAAAGCACCUUUCUUCAUAAAACGCAUGAU